CAAUGCCCUAACAAGAAUGGCAAUGGUAUGGGAGGCCACAGAUGCUUCGAGCAUCCAGACAGGCACUAGGUGAGCGAUCUCUAACAGAGCAAGCAAGCAACUUGAGAUGCAGCCUGGUCCAUUCCAUGGGUUGGGUGUCUACCCCUGUCCCCAAAGUGACCAUGCACUGAAAGUUUGGUGUGCCCUGCAAUGCAGUCUGUACUCCCUAACUCCCCUGCAAGAGAUGAUGUGAUGGUUGUGAAAGGUUGGAUGCCAAUGUAUACAGAUGAGGGGUGCAUAGUCCUGGUGCCCAAGGAUCAUGUCCCGAGGUGCUUAUGAUAUUCUGAGCAACACAGAGGCUGCUUGCAGCUUAUGCCAUAUUGAAGUCACCAGGUGCCAUACCAAGCUUCCUUUUUUUUUCUGUUUUUUUUAUUCCUUUUUUUUAUUUUCCCUUUUUACCCCCACAUAUCAAGCUUUCUCAAUGUCUAGCUCAUUUGGAGCACUUGUUAAGGUAGAAAAUUGAAUAUCCAUGAGGCGAGUUGGUCCAUUAAUAAAGCAUUUAACAAGCUAUAAUCUUCCUUAAUUAGAACUUGUCAGUGCCUAGCAAGAAACUCAGCUCACUGCUUGGCAAAAGCUCAAAAGAUGGAGUGAAAUACUUCUGACUUCAAAAUAAUACAAAUUCCAAAAGGACUGAGAAGAAAAGAAUGUUCUGUUAAUAAAUUCCAAAAAUACCUUUAGGUAAGAACUACAGCCUGGUAAGAUUUGGUUCAGCUGACUUUCCAAUUUACCUUCAAGUUGACAAAUAGAUUUCAACUACGAUUUGGGAAGAAUACUCAGUAAGUUUCCACUCGUCUUGUUCCAAUAAUCCCCAGGGCUUUAUCUUUCCACGGAACUCAGUUUGGUCUCGUUUACUGGAUCCUAGUCAUUUUCACCUGACUCUGGGCUAGCUGACUGACUACAAUAUUCAUAAAUCUCUUGGGUUACAGCUCGUGCAGGUUAUUCUGAUCGGGUUGUGAUGUUCACAUUUCUGAGGAAGGAACAGUGAAGGUGGAGUGUUGGAAAAUGGAAUUACCAGCUGAUGGGUAUCCUCCAGAUCAACAACAACAUCUUGCUUCCAAUUCCUCAGUGCAGGUUCCAUAUGGCUGGCAAGUAAACGACACACAACCAGGAACUGGAAGUGCUGCUACUAACCUACAACUGAUGCCCAAUUCUGUGCAAUCUCAAGGGAUAAUAACUACGUCUAAUCUAUUGAAUCCAAUGCCCAAUUACCAGAUAGCAUGUUCAAUGCAACAGGAAACCUUUCCUGACUGUCAACCGCACUGUAAUACAGCGGGCAACAAUAUUUGGCAUCCCGGCCUGCAGAAUAAAGAAACCUGGGCAUCAGUUGGCUUACAAAAUGUUAGCUAUGCAAACCCCCCUGAGGAGAGCUCUUGGGAUUGGCACCUUGCUUCAAACUACACAACAUAUGGCAGAGAUUUAUUCGGUUUCCAGAAAGAUCCUGAUGUGGAACAUCCCAAUGGGAUUUCACCAAAGACUCUGCAAGGAUCAGGUGCAGUACAGACACCGUAUCCCAUUCUAGUUCCAUAUCCUGUAAAUCCUGAACACGUACUUCACCACGAUCCAUUUGAUUCAUUUUGUAAAACGUCAAUCACACCUUCAGCUCCCUUGGAACAGAGGGAAAACUUGACAAAUGUUGGAUGGUCUUUGUAUAAUCAACCAACACCACCCAGUCUAACGCAGGAUGGCCAAAUCCCACCAUCUCUAAAACCAAAUAUGAUGAGCUUGAAUAGUGAGCCAGAAUACGUUAGAACUGGUUAUCAAGAAAUGUCCGCUCUGGGAUUUCAGGAUGUCAUUCCUGUAAGCUCCAAUUCACUUAGUCCCUCUUAUCCCACUUCUAAAAUGGAUGCAAGUAGAAAAUCCGAACACCAGUUGUGGAAAACAGGAUUGGCUGCAGUGGAUUCCAACUCUCUGCAUUCACCGCUCAUACCGAUAGGUUUUGAGGAAAUGGGGUCAUCCAAUACAAACCUUCCUAAUCAAUAUUCAUGUGAUGCACCUUUCCCAAAACCACUCAGCAUCUGUGGAGCAGACACUCGGAAUGCACAAACACAUGUUUUGCCAUCUACCUCACUGAUAAAUUUGUGUCCUCAAUCAGACGUCUGGACAAAGCUACCAGCCUCAGAUAUUCCCACCUCUGACCAUGAAGUCCUGUUUCAAACUUAUAAAAACAAUUUUUCAGCUACGUACAACCCAGAGGAAUUGAACAGAGGGUCACUGCCUCCGAAGGACCAUGAACUGAAGCUUGUAGAUAAACCUGGAGGAAGCAAUGAGGAGGUUGCUGCCUUCUGCGACUUGUUAAAUGUGCUAAGAGCUAAAUACCCGAGUUCAGCGACGCAGUCUGACUACGGUCUGAUCAGGAGUGUUGUCACAGUUCUUCCCGAUGAGCUUCUCUGGAUCUGGCAUAUUCCUGUAACGAUUGUGACUGACAUUUUUCCAGAACCAAUUCAAACAUCCGUACAUGCUGGCUACACUGUCGAGGAACUCAUUCAGACAAUCUUGAGUGAUACACAGCAAAGGUUCGAAGCCAGGAAUGAUUACGUUUUAAAGCUCUGUGGUUCUGAAGAGAUUUUGCAGAAUCCUUGUACUUUAGGGAGCCAUGAAUCCCUACGGCAUUAUCUGAAACUUGGCACUGACAUCAAACUUCGGUUACUUAGGCACAACGAUCUUCAGCAGAUGUUGGCUCGAACUCAGGAAGGGGAUGACCAAAGUCCAUUCACUUUUCAUCAAACUGUACCCAAAGAAAGUGGCGCAUCAAAAGUGUGCGUAUCUAGGAGAGCCCUAAGUUCAAAGCUCAAUAGCUAUCACCAUGAGGCAGACAGUCUAUUAACCAGUAAGAAAAGCUCACGUCGUCUGGUUGAGGCGGUUAGAGCCAUUUGUUAUCUGCUUUCAUCAGUGGAGACGAAGGAAAUAACUGACGCCAUUCAGCAGGUGCAGUCAGUUGUUCUACAGCAGGGAAAGGCUUCGUUUCAUACAGUUCAACUGCAGAACCAACAAGGUUCACUAGUGAGAGCGGUCAAUGAGUUAACUGCUGCAAUCUCACAGCUGGUAAAUAUCUACUGCAACAAUUUUAACACUGACUAUCAAGUUGCCCAUGUUGGUGCCAUUGAAACUGUAUCAGCCUCAAAGACACUGUUGAGUACAACAGCUUUGAACUUCACCAUUUAUGCUGUGCAUGGAGUUCCCAGUGCCUGGGCUGUAAGCUACGAGAACUUAUUUGUGUCUUGUUCAUUAAUGUAUGGAGCUAAGGAGCUGUGUCAACGGGUGAAAACAGAAGAAAUUUCCAUCACAAGAUCUCCCCUUUUUGUUCUGGCUAGGUGGAAUCAGAGAAUACACAUGCCCAUUGAAAUUGCACAAUUACCCUGUGAGACGAUUCUUAGCCUGACAUUGUAUGGAGACCGUACCACUACUGGGAGCUAUAUCGAUAGUAGCAGACACUCCAGAAAUGCUGACUGCUUAGCAAGUGUCUCCAUGCCUCUCUACAGCUCCAAACUAGUUUUAGUCCAUGAUACAAAGCUAUUGCGUCUUGUCCCAGCCAACGCCAGCCAAGCAGACAGCUUGAUUCUACAGAUAAAUUUUCCAGCCUCAUUCUUGGUCACAUUUUCACGACCUGCUCCUGCAAACCACUGGCAGUAUUUCACCGACAUAGAUGAAAUGUCCAGAAAACAGAUUGCAAACAUCCAGCAGAAACACUCUCUGCUUUUGAUUGAAGAAGGCGAGAAGAACUUGCUCUGGACAAAACGUUCAUUCUGUAACAGUUCAAACUGUUUCCUUCCUCUCUUACUGGGCAGUGCACCUAGCUGUGGUUCAGAAUCACUGUCUGAGAGUUAUGCAGUGCUUAGAAGGUGGAACAUCUCAGCAAAUCCUUUAGAGUCACUGGGACUACUGCUUUCAAGCUUUUCAGAUCAAGAGAUUCGUCAGGCUGCAGUCCAACAGAUUGGAUCUAUUCCGGAUGAUGAGUUGUUAGAUUAUCUGCCGCAGUUAGUUCAGGCAGUAAAAUUUGAAUGGCAUCUUAACAGCCCGCUUGUGGAACUUUUACUCGAUCGCUCAAUCAGGAAUAUUCGAGUUGCACAUCAUUUGUACUGGUUAUUGAAAGAUGGCUUGGCAGACUUUCAAUAUAAGGAUAGGUAUAGCCAGCUAUUAGCAGCUGUGCUCUGCUGUUCAGGGCAAGCCAUGCGAGAAGAAUUUGAUAAAGAGACCAAGCUCAUCGAUAAGUUAGUUGAGGUAGCACAGAAGGUCUGGGCAAUGGACCAGUCAAAACGUUCGACUUUAUUAGCGAAAGAGAUUGAAGAAUUAGACAAAUUCUUCUACCAGGAACAUGUUUGCCGUCUGCCAUUGAAUCCUGUAUUUGCAGUCAAAGGCAUCGAUGCCAACGCUUGUUCGUAUUUCACCUCAAAUGCCGUUCCUCUGAAAAUAUCUUUCAUAAACGCAGACCCAUUGGGCGAAAAUAUAAACGUGAUAUUCAAGUCAGGAGACGACCUUCGGCAGGACAUGCUUGUUCUGCAGCUGGUUAAAGUGAUGGACAGGAUCUGGUGCCAGGAGGGGCUAAAUCUGAGCAUGAUCAUCUACAGGUGCAUAUCAACAGGAAGAGGAAGAGGCUUGGUAGAAUUGGUCCCUGAUGCCACAACACUUGCCAAGAUCCAUAUGAAACAUGGUAUCAUUGGGCCACUCAAGGAGCACACUCUUUUAAAAUGGUUCCAGGAACACAACCCCACUGAAGAACAGUACAAGAACGCUGUGGAAAACUUCGUCAACUCCUGUGCAGGCUGGUGUGUUGCUACGUUUGUUUUGGGCAUCUGUGACCGCCACAAUGACAACAUAAUGCUGAAAACCACAGGUCACAUGUUCCACAUUGACUUUGGAAAAAUAUUGGGUCAUGCUCAGAUGAUUGGAAGCAUGAAAAGGGAUCGUGCACCUUUUAUAUUUACAUCUGAAAUGGAGCAUUUCAUCACAGAAGGUGGAAAAGAUGGAGCUCGUUUCCAGAUGUUUGUGGAUCUAAGCUGUCGGGCUUACAACAUCAUUCGACAACACACUCAACUCUUGAUGAAUUUACUGGAGUUGAUGCUGUCAGCUGGACUUCCUGAGCUGGCUGAAGUCCAGGACCUGAAGUACGUUUACAAUAACUUGCGACCAAAGGACUCGGAUGCACAGGCCACCUCUUACUUCACAAGCUUGAUAAAGGAGAGCCUGAGAAGCUUACCAGUGAAGAUCAAUUUUGUCGCCCACAUCUUAGCACAGAUGAAAUUGGUAGGCCCAGAUGUCCAGCCAAGCCUGACCUUUGCACCAGAAAAGUAUACGUUAGAGACAGACGGUCUAAUAAGCUGUGUGGCAGUGUGUGGUUAUGAGAAGAAAAUUGUUCCUCCUAAGGAUUAUUUUUAUAAGAUACAAGUGGAACGAGCAGGGCAGAGUCAGGCUUCCUUCAUUGAAAGAAACUUCAAUCAAUUUGUUGAACUCAACAAACAGCUUCACUGCUGCUUUCCAGCAUCUGAGUUACCGAGAUUUCCUUACAAACCACUGAUGGGACUAUUUAAAGAAAGGGAAUUAGCAAGGAAAAGAAAGGAUGAGUUGAAUAUGUAUGUGAAGUAUUUGCUGAAUAGUUCACCUCCUGUUGCAAAGAGUGAUCUUGUCUAUACGUUUUUUCACUGUUUUCCCAAUGAUGAAAGAGCUCCUGGCUUGCCAUCCCCAGAAGCCGUAUCUCACACUGGGAAACUGUCAGCGAGCACACAACUCUGCAUCUCUUGGGAGAGCGGCAAGCUGUCUGUGAUGGUGAAGCAUGUCAAAAACAUUUUUUUACCAGAUGGCUCCACACCAGAUGCCUACGUUAAGAUCUAUCUCUUACCAGAUGCGGAGCGAAGGACCAAAAGGAAAACAAAAGUGGUUCCAAAAAGCAGCAAUCCAACAUAUAAUGAGAUUCUGGAGUACGUUGGGAUAUCAGACAUUGAUCUAUCAAGUCAUGUCAUCCAGCUGAGUGUGUGGAGUAGGCAGACACUCCUGGGAGCAGUAAACAUUCCUCUGAGAACUGUAAAGCUGGAUGAGGAAAAGUGGUACAGACUGGGAAAUUCCUUAGUCUGACUGGAACAGGCUAAGGGAAAAGAAGUGAUUGGCAGGAGAGGGAGGACAGAAUACAAUCCCUGUUUGUGUUUACAACAUAUACAGAAACCAGAUUACAAUUUGCAUCAUGAAAACUAAAUGCCAAAAGGAAGAUUACUGCUUCCAUUGAACUGCCUAGCAACUGUUCAUAUUCAAGAAACACAUCAAUGUUAACUGAAUCUCUCUUUCCUAAGUUCUGAUCUACACACGUCUUUUAUGGCACAACCAAAUAUAUUCUAUUAGGGUUCCCUUCUUCCAGAGUCUCAAAGUCACCAAUUAAAUGCACACAAUUACUAAUGCAGCAAGCUGUCAUAUUAAUGUAAUUGUCAGAUGAUGGAUCUUAUUAACUUGCAUUAAAGUUGUGUUCAAACUGUUAAAGCAUCAAUUCCAUGAUUAUCUUACAUUCAUAAAACACAGGAAGAGUGAAAUCCACCAUGUAAAAUAAUGUGGUAUUUUUACCAAGGCAGUUCGUAAAUU